AUGUGGAAGAAGAUUUUCAAAAAGGGGGUCAGUCGUACACGCAACGCCAAAAGUCCGAUCCACAGAGACAGUAAGGAGGGAAAUGAACAAGAUGGCAGUGUUGAAGAUUUGCAGAGUGCACUAAGCAGUGCUGCGCAGAAUGGACAACUUGACCUCAUCCAAGAACUGAUCGGUAGAGGAGCCGAGGUGAAUAAAGUUGAUAAUGACGGUUUUACUGCAUUACAGCUAGCUUCAGAUGGGCGACUUGAUGUCACUAAAUAUCUCAUCAGUCAAGGAGCCGAGGUGAAUAACGGCGGAAAUAUUGGUUUGACCCCGGUGCGUGUAGCUGCAGGGACUGGUCAUCUUGAUGUUACCAAAUUUUUGAUCAGUCAAGGAGCCGAGGUUAAUAACGGCGGAACUGAGCGUAUGACCCCAUUACAUCUAGCUGCAAAUCAAGGAGCUGAAGUCAAUGAGGGCAGCAAUGAUGGUAGGACCCCAUUACAACUAGCUGCUCAGAAUGGUCAUCUUGAUGUCACCAAAUUUCUCAUCAAUCAAGGAGGCGAGGUGAAUAAAGAUGAUAAUGAGGGUUUUACCCCAUUACAUCAAGCUGCUUCUGUUGGUCAUCUUGUUGUCACCGAAUUUCUGAUCAGUCAGGGAGCUGCAGUCAAUGAGAGCAGCAAUUAUGCUGCUGGUGAAGGACAUCUAGAUGUCAGCGAAUUUCUGAUCAGUCAAGGAGCUGAAGUCAAUGACAGCAGCAAUGAUGCUGCUCGUAAAGGACAUCUUGAUGUCACCAAAUAUGUGAUCAGUCAAGGAGCUGACUUUAACCAGACCAAUUAUGAUGGUUGGACUGCAUUACAUUUAGCUGCUCAUGAAGGAUAUCUUGACGUUGUCACAGAAUUAAUCAGUCAAGGUGUUGAUGUUGGUAAGGCUAGUGAGAAAGGAUGGUCAGCCUUAUACCUUGCCGCAGCUGCUGGUCAUGUACGUGUUUCAAGUGCCUUGCUUAGUCAGCAUGCUGAGCUGGUAUCAUCAAAUAUAAUUCAUUGGACGGAGUUUCAUACCGCUGCAGAGAGGGGCGAUCUUGAUGCCAUGAAAGAUCAAGUCAGUCAAGGAGCUGAGCUGGGUAAAGCCGGUUCUUUUGGUUGGACAGCCUUACAACUUGCAGCAAGUAACGGACACCUUGAUAUGAUCAAAUAUUUGCUAAGUCAAGGAGCUGAUGUGAAUUCUAGCAACUCUUUUGGUAGGUGUGCCUUGCAUAAUGCUGCAACGAAAGGGAAGUUGGAUGUCGUGGAAUAUCUGAUCAGUGAAGGGGCCGAUAUGAAUAUGGGAAAUGACAAUGAAUCGACUGCCCUGCAUUUUGCAUCAACAUAUGGCCAUUUAGAUAUCGUGAAAUCCCUAAUCAGUCAUGGAGUGGAGGCAGAUAUUUGCAACGCAAUUGGAACCACUGCUCUCCAUUAUGCUUUAUGUAAUCGUCGGAUCGACAUUACCAAGUAUCUGCUUAGCCAAGGCUCGGAACUGAAUAAGAGAAGCGUGUGGCACUCUGUCAUCUUACAAUUUGAUGGACAGUAUGGUCACUAUGAUGUGCGAUGUGUGCAGGGUCGUGUAGUUCAAGCAGUUAGCAGACUAAUCGACUCUGUCACUGUCUUUAGAGGUGCUCCAGAAAGUGAUCUUGGUAGAAGCAAAUAUCAAGAUGGCGAUGAGGAUAAGACAGUUCAAGGUGGAAUGGUUAUUGUGCAUAGGCCACAUAUAAUGUCUGGUCUUGACAAUCAAGAUCAUCUUGCAAGUCAGGGAGACAGAACAGUUAGUCGUACAUCCUUACAAUAUGCUGUAGAAGGGGGCAGUUUAGCAGUCGUUCGGUAUCUGAUCAGUCAAGGAGCUGAAGUGAACGAAAGCAACAAUAUUGGCUGGACUGCUCUUCAUGUUGCUGCGAAAAGAGGUCAUCUUCAUAUUGUAGAUUAUCUACUUGGACAAGGAGCCGAAGUAGCCAAAGGAGACGUUGAUGAUAUCUCGCCUUUGCAUGUUGCUGCAUUUGUUGGCCAUUGUCACGUUACCGAGCAUUUGCUUAGGCAAGGAGCAGAGGUCAACGGAGCCACCAAGGAGAAAGGUUCUACAGCACUACAUGUCGGCGUGCAGAAUGGUCAUCUCGAUAUAACGAAAGGCUUGCUCAACCACGGAGCCGAUGUUGAUGCGACCGACCAUGACGGUUGGACUCCCUUGCACAUUACUGCUCAGAACGGUCACAUCGAUGUGCUGAAGUGUCUACUUCAGCAACUUGCAGAUGUUAGCAAAGUUACCAAGAAGGGAUCAUCUGCAUUGCAUUUGUCUGCUGCAAAUGGACAUACCGAUGUCACGAGAUAUCUAUUGGAGCACGGAGCUGAAGUGAAUCUGAGUAAACCUGGGAAGACUGCGUUGCAACUUGCUGCAGAACAAGACCAAGUGCAAGGGACAGGUCCAAAUACGUGGUGUGCUGAAGGGCAGAAACACACUUCUUCUCCAAAUGCCCAUGCAUACACUGAGGUUUUAACAGAAGAUGAGAAGAAGGUUAUUGGGCAACGUGCUGAGAAAGGGUGCACAGCAGUUCAUUUAGCCACGCAAAAUGGUUACACCUCCAUCAUCGAGACAUUAGUUUCUCAUGGCGCCGAUCUCAACAUCCAGUCCAUCGACGGACAGACUUGUCUGCAUGAAGCCAUCAGACUUUCCGGUCGGAAGGAAAGUAAAGUUGAAGCCACACCAUCACUCCAAAAGAUCUCAGAAGAGUUCUAUCAGAAUGAACUGUCUCCCAGGAAGGCCCUGGUCUUCUAUCUCUUGGACCACGGAGCAAAGCCGGACAUCAAAGAUAACCAAGGCAACCUACCAGUUCACUAUGCCAAGGAUGAAAUCAUCCGCCAGAUGAUAUUCUCAAGAUCUCCUGACAUGGACAUCAUCAGAGUUUAUCGAGCUAAAGAGUCGGCACCACCAGUGGUCAACGCUGUCUCUGCUCAGGUUGGAUGCGACGGUAAAGAUCUCGAACUGGAACAUCAUGGCAUUUCAAUGGCUAUCCCACCUGGGGCUGUCGAACAGAACGAAUCUUGCAAGAUCACCCUUACCGUUGUGAGAAACCUCCCCGGUGUUGUCAUCCAAGAUGACACACCAAUGGCAGCAUACGGGAUCAGAUGUGGCCCUCCAAACAUGGUCUUCCACCAACCUGUUAAGAUCAGGAUACCACAUUCCACCUUGGUCACCCACCCUGAGCAAGUGAUACCAGACAUCGUCUCACAUAUUUGGGAUCCAAGAAAGGGUUUACCAAGAGUUUCGAGGACUAAAUCGUCUGCUGCAUCUGACAAACUGCCAUACUGCAGAGUCCUUAAGAGACAUCUUGAGCUGCACAUCGAUCACUGUGCCGAGUGGUGGGUUCUUAUCCCACUUAAGCAACAGAUCAUCCAGCUUCAAUUCGUGUGUACCCCAUACGUACCGGACAAGAUUGAACGAGGCAAAAAGUUUGAUGUUCAUCUCCACCUGAAUGCAGAAAUCCCGGGCAUAGAAAUGGAAGUGAGUUUCAGAGAACGGGUGCCGCGUUGGCGAAAGAUCUUCGUAGCUACAUUCCUGACCUGA